ACUUGUGCACAUCAUUCACACCUUUCUGGCCCACACUCCGCUCCGCAUGCAGGAGUCAAGAACACGCGCGAUUGCGCAUUUUACUAUCGUCAAAUAUGAAGCCCAUUGCCGAUUUUAAGAUGCGGGAAGACAACCGACAUGGCGAUGCGCAUAACAGUUUCGAGAUGCAAGAUAUGAGAUCCCAUCCUGGGCCACAUUCUCCUCGUUAUUCACUCGAUUCCAAAGGCGACAGAUCUGCUACCCGUAUCCUUUCUGAUUACGACAAUCGCCCUAACACCACAUUCAGUACGAGGACGACAAUCGAAACUUUUCGGUCCAUCUCAUGGCACUUAUUUGCUGUGGUCAUGAGUUUACCCAUCGCAUUAUCGCCCAUCAUCAUUCUUGCGACUGUUGCCGAAGAGGCCUCAGUGAAUUACAUCCUAGGAAGAUCUUGCUAUCCCAAUGGACUAUGGAAAGAGGCCGAGGGGGCGACAUGGCGGAUAAUGGAUUCUAGUUAUUUCUUCACACCGAACCUGUAUUUCGGGGCCAUGACUUUCUCGCAAGUCAAGGUUAUUGAUAUCGCAUGGGACCUUGUUGUAGGGAGAGGCGGGCAAAUGUUGUUGGCAUACGCAAACUAUCGCGUCUUCAAUGAAUGGCUCCUCUACCACCUGGAACUGCACUUAACAAGCUAUAAGUUGUACACAGCCGUUGCCUUUCAAACAACCACCAUGGCCACGCUUGGCGUUCUAGCGAAAGAGUUUUUGUCCUUUGGGAAAGGAACAUGGAGACGAUUUUUUCGAUGGCUGGCUAUGCUAUGCAUGUUGAUCAGCACAUUGUAUGUGCUCGCAUUUCCAACACUCAUGGCUGCCAUGACUGGUUAUAUUUCAACAUAUAGGGCAUACGUUGAAGACCAUGAGAACAACCUCAUCGAUUUCGACAAAGUUCGCCGGGUAGAUUAUAUUAUCAGUAAUGGCUCUCGAAUCAGUGCAGAGUACCAGAAAGACCUAGUCGUCACCGAGUAUGACAAGGAUCUUCUACGUGACGUUGAGGCAUAUCUGAAGGAAUUCGUUGCCGAUGAUGAUUGGAAGGCCCCUCAGAUUACCGAUGUCCCCAUAGAGCCUGGCUUUCACGAAUAUCUCGUGCAAAACCGCACAUCGAAAUUCGGGAACAAGGAUCUCGCCGAACCCACCCUCUCCAUAAUCGUGACAUACAGGGGUCUGCCUCCCAAGACCGUCUCUGAAGGUCUCGUCGAAAUGUAUUAUACGCUUUCUGAUUCCAACAUUCUCGAAUCCGGCCGUCAAGGCGACUACUACUCCGCCCUGGAUGUGCUUAAACGUGGGUCAUGCAAACCCACCGAAACAUACCAAUGGGGUUUCUCGUAUAUAUUCAUGUUCAUGGUCUCCAUAUUUAAUUUUGUCUGGAGCUGCAUCAUGGCGGGGAUGUGGUGGGACACGACGCGUGGUUCCAGAAUGUACAAGGCGGGAAGAAGGCCAGGCCUUCUCCGAAGCAUCAUGGACAUCAGUGCAGCGAUCCGGGAGGAAUUAGGAAGUCAGGUUGAGGAUAUGGGUGAAGAUGAGAUAAGGAUAGCUUUGAGGGAGAGCGAGGGGAGACUCGUGGUUCCAGAGAGGGAGUUGAGGGUUGGCAGGGUAGAUGGGCAUGAGCCAACCGAAGGGAUUAGGAAGAGGAGCUGGAAGGUGAAGAUCACGAAAGGUAGCACAUUCUGAG